GAACCACCAUGCAAGAAAUCCCCUGACUUGGUUGGUGACCAGCUGAGCUGACUUAUCCUCUUACACAUUUAGCAUUCUCAUCACCCAACAAUGAGAGGCUGUGCAUUACCUUUAACCAAAUUGACACCUCCAUCUCCUCCCCAUUUGGCCAACAAUGGCAUCAACUCCUUUCCUUUUCCCAUUCUUCCCACUCAACCACCAUUGUUCCCAUCUCACUCUCUCACCAUUCACACCCCAAACCCCAACACACACUUCUCAUCUUCCACUUCAACUUCCUUCUCUUCCUACCACCACCAACAGCAACAGUUACAGCAACCAGAUGAUGAAGAUGAUGAAGAAAGCUUUCAAGUACUGACAUCUCUCAGAAGCGAUUACAAUGACAUCAUGAUAGUGGACACCCCAAAGUCCAGAAUGCUACUCCUUGAUUCAUCUCAUAACGUUCACAGCAUUCUUUACAAGGACAAAAAGUGGACUGAUUCCUACUGGGAUGAAUUUGCCAGCUUGCCUGCUAUUGUUCCAAAAGGUCCCAUUGCUAUCUUAGGUUUGGGUGGUGGAACUGCUGCUCAUCUGAUGCUUGACCUAUGGCCUUCACUACACCUCGAAGGCUGGGAGAUUGAUGACAUUUUGAUUGAUAAAGCUAGAGAUUAUUUUGGCUUAUCCGAUUUGGAGAAGACAACAGAAGAUGGUGGCAUUUUAAAUGUUCAUAUAGGUGAUGUCUUCAUUCCUUCAGAGGAUUUACACAGAAGAUAUGCUGGGAUUGUAGUUGACUUGUUCUCUGAUGGAAAAGUUUUGCCUCAGCUGGAAGAGGUUAGUGCUUGGUUGGAAUUAAAUGAGAGAUUGAUGGCGAAUGGUCGAUUUAUGGUGAAUUGUGGUGGCAUUGAUGGAGGGUCAAGCAUCAUGGAUGGUUUUACUGAUCCGCAAAUUUCAUCAAGUGAUGAGACAUGGUUAUUAAAUCCAGCAAUGAAGGCAUUAUCCAAAGUAUUUCCUGGACAACUAAGUUGGAAGAGAAUGUCAAAGGAAACAGGUGCAAAUUUUAUGGCACUUACAGGACCCUUGCCUGAUCUGAACUCUUGGUCUGCUAGUGUCCCAUCUCCUUUGAGCACAAGUGUCAAGGAUUGGAGACCUUGUGAGCUGGUUUCUAGAAUAUGAUCUUACCACUUCAUAGCUAAUGUGAAAAUCUGUUUUUGUAGAGAAAGAAGUGAUUUUUUUUUAAAACUAUCUUGAACAAGUAUCAUUUAAUCAUUUUCUUGGAUAAAAAUGUACUUGUAUACCAAGAGUAAUGUUUGUGUAGAAUGAGCUUCUAUAGAAAUUUAUUUGUACUAAUUUACUGAUAAAAACAGUGGUGGCAUUGCAAAUAAUAUUAGGUCUCGUGGGUUGAGGCAGUGUUGAUGGGGAAGCUUGUGUUUUGUGUUGGAUUAUCUUGGUUCUUGGGGCUGUUUUGGUUUGUUUAGGUGCCUCAUUGGGGUUUUUUAGCUUUUGCUUUUUAGUAUGGGGUUGUUUCUA